CUUCAUCCUCGUCACAAUCAAAACAAUCUCUCUCCCACCUCUCUCUCUCAAUCUCUCUCUGUGUGCAAUGGCAGAUAUCACAAUGGCGGAAAACUUGAGCAGAGAGCAGCUAGUGUUCCUCUCCAAACUCGCCGAACAAGCCGAGCGCUACGAAGAGAUGGUCCAGUUCAUGGAGCGGUUCGUGCUCGGCUUGGCGCCGGGCGCCGAGCCGACCUUUGAGGAACGGAACCUAAUCUCCGUGGCGUACAAGAACGUGAUCGGCCAGCUCCGCGCUGCGUGGCGCAUCGUUUCGUCAAUUGAGCAGAAGGAGGAGGCAAGGAAGAAUGAUGAUCAUGUGGCGAUGGCUAGGGAGUACAGAUCGAAAAUCGAGAAGGAGUUGUCGGAACUGUGUGCCGGAAUUUUGAAGAUUUUAGAGGAGAAUUUGGUCCCGGCGGCUUCUUCGAGUGACUCCAAAGUGUUUUAUUUGAAGAUGAAAGGGGAUUAUUUUAGGUAUUUGUCGGAGUUCAAGAUUGGGGAUGAGAGGAAGCGUGUUGCGGAGGAUACAAUGAAUUCGUAUAAGGCUGCUCAGGAGAUUGCAAUGGCCGAUUUGGCCUCCACACACCCGAUCAGAUUGGGGCUAGCACUCAAUUUCUCUGUCUUCUACUAUGAGAUUCUCAACUCCUCUGAAAGAGCUUGUAGUAUGGCAAAGCAGGCAUUUGAGGAAGCCAUAGCUGAACUAGACAGUUUGGCAGAAGAGCAAUACAAAGACAGUACUCUUAUUAUGCAACUCCUGAGGGACAAUCUUACCCUCUGGACUUCGGACAACAUACAGGACCAACCGGAUGAGUAAGCUGACCAGUACUAUCUCUCCAGAGAGGAAAUCCUCUUGAAUGUCAUAUGUUGAUGUUGACUGAUCGUAUGUCGUUUGAUAAGUUUCCAUCCAAGGCGUACUUUCGUUUUUUUAAAUACUAGAUACUUUUAAGAAAAUCUAGAAUGAUAUGGAACUGCACUGAUAGAAGUGUAGAGUAGUUUUUCCCUAUAUUUAUAUUGUUUUGGUUUCUUCUUUUCACUUCCUUGUACAAUGCCUGUGACAUAGAAUUUGGAAGUAAGGGCAUUUAGUACCCAUUUUACUUGCAAGGUUUGAUCAUAAUUGCACAAGUCA